GAUAAUAAUUGACAUAUUCGGUAUCGUCUGACGUGCACUUAAUUUCACGUGCAGUGCAUGUGCGAUCGUAGGAACGUUCUAGAAUCGCCCGAAUUUUGUAAGAAAAUUAAUUAACGCUAUUAGAACGAUGUUGGCACCAGUUCAAAUCUUGAAGCAGAAUGCCGAGGAGGAGAAGGCGGAGACGGCUCGUCUCUCGUCGUUUGUGGGAGCCAUCGCCAUCGGUGACCUCGUCAAGAGCACGCUGGGACCCAAGGGAAUGGAUAAAAUCCUGCAGUCACCUAACAAGAACAGCCCAUUGAUAGUGACCAAUGAUGGAGCAACUAUCCUGAAGUCCAUCGGCAUUGACAACCCCGCAUGCAAGAUUCUCGUAGAAAUCAGCAAAGUGCAAGAUGAUGAAGUUGGAGACGGUACAACGUCAGUCACGGUGCUGGCCUGUGAACUGCUGAGGGAAGCAGAGACACUGGUCGGGCAGAAGCUGCAUCCACAGACCAUCAUAGCGGGCUGGAGGAAAGCUGUAGAGGCUGCAGACAAGGCAUUGGCCCAAGCGGCCAUGGAUAACAGUGCUGACAUUGAGAAGUUUCGCAAGGAUCUGUUCAACAUUGCCAUGACCACGCUCAGCUCCAAGAUUGUGCAGCAGGGCCGCGAGAUGUUCGCCAACCUGGCCGUCGACGCCGUGCUUAGACUCAAGGGCAAAACAGAUCUGCAGGCCAUCCAGAUCAUCAAGAAGCUGGGAGGCAACAUGAGUGACUCCUACCUAGAGUCCGGCUUCCUCUUGGACAAGAAGAUUGGAAUCAAUCAGCCCAAGCGGAUAGACAAAGCACGCAUUCUGAUCGCAAACACAACCAUGGACACUGACAAAAUUAAGGUGUUUGGUUCCAGAGUACGAGUGGACGGGAUGGCCAAGGUUGCUGAACUGGAGCUGGCCGAGAAGGAAAAGAUGAAGGAGAAAGUGCAGAAGAUUGUCAAACACGACAUCAACGUCUUCAUCAACAGGCAGCUGAUCUACAACUACCCAGAACAGCUGUUUGCCGACAACGGCAUCAUGGCCAUCGAGCACGCAGACUUUGAUGGUAUCGAGCGUCUAGCGCUGGUCACCGGUGGGGAAAUCGUCUCCACGUUUGACCACCCGGAGCUGGUCAAGCUGGGCCACUGUGAUGUCAUUGAGGAGAUCAUGAUUGGAGAGGACAAGUUGAUUCGUUUCUCAGGGGUAGCUCUAGGUGAGGCUUGCACCGUGGUCCUCCGUGGUGCCACUCAGCAGAUCUUGGAUGAGGUGGAGCGCUCGCUACACGAUGCCCUGUGUGUGCUGUCACAGACUACCAGGACCUACAAGACGGUACUAGGAGGAGGUUGCUCUGAAAUGCUGAUGGCCAAUGCUGUACAGCAGCUAGCUGCACAAACCCCUGGAAAGGAGGCCGUGGCCAUCGAGGCUUUUGCCAGAGCCCUCGCCAAGCUGCCGACCAUCAUAGCUGACAACGGAGGGUACGACAGCUCACAGCUUGUGGCACAGCUACGGGCCCUGCAUAACCAGGGCAAGAACACCGUGGGACUCAACAUGAAGGAGGGUACCGUUGGUGACAUGAUCGAGCUGGGAGUGAUAGAAUCCUACCAACUCAAGAAGCAGGUCCUACACAGCGCUGCAGAGGCGGCUGAGAUGAUCCUACGUGUAGAUGACAUCAUCAAGGCUGCACCAAGGUUGGUUUAAGCCAGAGUCCAUCA